AUUUAAAUCUUUCUAAGUAUCUUAUAUAGAUAGACACUCAUUCAAAGUUACGUUUUACUGAUUUAUGAGUUUAAUAGAAAUUAUUUCUUCUUAAAGCACCAAGAAAGAAACCCAACAAGCAAGAAAAGAAGAGAGAAGAAUGGUUUUCAAACAAAUAGAUAAAAAGCGAUUUGCAAAUUUUCAAACGAUAUUUCUAUUGCUACUGAGUAUUAUAGAAUUAUCCAAUGGUUCGGUAUCAUGGAGCUUGGCCACUAAACCAGCAGUGUUUGGAAAAGAUAUAGAAUUACAUUGUAACCUGGAUGAUAAUACAACACUCAACAACCACAGACAUUGGAGUAAAGGAGACAACAUUAAAGUAUUGGUGGUAAAUGGCAAGACUGUAAACGAUACAAAAUAUUCAGAAAAGUUAGACGAGGCAAAACGAACCUCAAUUUUAACUAUAACGUCAUUAGAAUCUGGUGACGUGAACGUGCCGUAUACAUGCCAACAUGGCUUUCAUACGUACAAGAAAGUUUUGAAUAUGACCGUGGAAAAUUUCGAAUACCAUCCAAGCAGCAACGAUACUAUUUUCAAGCAAGAUGACGACCAUAUAUUAUUUUUAAUGAAAUUUGAAAAAGUGUUUCCAUUUCCUGCUUGCAGAGCGUCUAUCGGGGGUAAAAAUAUAACGAAAUUGUUGAACAUAAGUUCCGUUCGAAGUGAUGUAUUUUACAAAGUUGAAAUCAGCCUGAAGUAUCAUCACGUCUCGAAAGAAUGCAUUCAUCAUCCGUUCGAACUGGACUGCUGCAUCGGAACAAAGACGAUCAAACAGCGUUUUGAAACAGCGAACGAUGUUUGUCUUGAGCUUGAACACCAAGCAAAACAAGGACUUCAGGAACAAGAAAAAGACCAGACUGUUGGACUCUUUGGACGUGCGAUAUUUGUAGUAAUAACAGUAGUGGUUGUUGGUGGUUUUAUUCUAGGCAUUGUCAUCAAGGAAUGUGAUCGGAUAGGAAUGUAAUAAUCUAUGCAGGUUUUUCAAAUUGACAUUUUGUUUACAGUGAACCAGAUUGAGUUACCAUUUAAAUAUAACAUUUAUUUAUUGGUAUAAGACUCAUAUAAUACCAUGAACAUAAAUGGAUUUCAAAAUAUAGUAAUGCUUUUACUUAAAAAGCACAUGUAACAUUUAAUAUAUGAUUUAAACUUGUUAACUACUUUAAAAGUACUCUUGUAAGAUCUGAUGCAAUUAAUAGAUUAUCAAUUUGUCAAAAAUUGGAGCAUUCAUACUCCAUCCGUACAUAAAUGUAGACACGUUAUAAUUUUAUAGCUCAUCACUUGCCGUGAGUCAUCGUCGUCCGUUCAUUCGUCUUUUUAAACUUUUUCAAAAAUUUUCUCGUCUGAAAAUAUAGUGCUAAAUUUUACCAAACUCUCAUUCAAUGUUCCUUACGCAAUCUUGUUUCAAAAUAGUCUCCGAGUUCUUUAUGUUUCAACAAGCAUAGUUACUAUUUUUAGAAUUAGAGCAUAUGGAGUUAAAUUCAGUGUUUGGCUUAUAUCUGCAGUUAGAGCAAAACUGUCUUUGUUAGAAUGCUCAGAAGGACAAGGUCUAUCUUCUUUUGAAUUUUGGGGGAAAAAAACAACCCAACUUGGAGUUAUAUUGGCCUUGAUAUGUCAAUCUUUAGCAAAUUUAGCGUUUUGUUUUGUUAUUAUCUUUAAAACUGUUUCAUAUAUACAUAAUCUUUAUAUAUAUAGUAUAAAUGGCCAGACCAAUAAGACCUACAAAUAAGUGAACAUGGCCAAAAUCGUUAAUUGAUCUAUAUAGGAGUUAUUGCCUUUAAAAGAUGAUGUUCGCCCUUUUGUACAUAUUUGCAGAAACGAUAUAGAAUUAAAGUUUUCGAACAAAAAUGUUCAGCAAAAUAAGAUCUACGAAACCGUCAAGUGACCACUUAUAAGAGUUAUUGUCCUUUAAAGAAAAUAUUUACUUUUUUUGCAUUUUUUGCAGAAAUUAUAAUAGAUAAAACAAAAUGGUACAAGGGUAAAUGUUCAGCAAAAUAAGGUCUACAAAUUAGUCAACAAUUAUUAAAAUUGGCCUAGGAGUUAUUGCUCUUGAAAAUAAUUAUUACCAUUUUUUUAAUUUCAAUUUUGUCUAUAUUCUGGAAAACUAUAAAAAAUUGGUGGAAACGAUAAACAGCAAAAGUUUGACAGGUAAGCGAUCCAGACUCUUAGAAGAUUCGCUUUAUUGUUACAGUUACUUAUUGUUUUUUUUUUUUCUAGUAUCAACGUCCAUCUGUGUGUGUUCAAUUGUAUUAUAAACUUUAAGGUAAAAGCAAAGACAGGAAAACUUAAGAAUGAUCUACACAAUUUCACGAUUCAAUUAAAAGGGGUUAUAUUUAAUUCGUACCUGUGACAAUGGAAAUCAGUUUGGUACAACGAUAUCUUUAUAUUUUUACUGUUUUAAUAAUUUUUCAGCAAAUAUUAAUUAUUAAUAAAGGAGAGGUAUGAUUUCUUAUUAAAUUUGGUCAAUAACGCAACAAGAUUAAAGUAAAGUGCAAAGGAGUAAGUUUGGUAAGGGCCAAAUUUGGCCCCGAUUAUUAAGUUCAGUGUUUCAGGAUAAAAUUUGUUUUAAGUUGAUGAAAAGACAUGUGAGAAAGAUAUAUAGAACUAUUUUUGCCAGAGUUUUAUUUUUAAGAUUUGAUUUUGACAUCCCAAAUAGGUUAAAAAUAGAGAUUUUUGCGAAAUUGGACAAAAUCGUCCGGAUUUCAACGAAAUUAAGACCUAGGAAACAUAGAGCGCAGGCGUCGACAAACAAAAUAUUCAAGUCAGAUAUGUAAAAUGUCAUAACAAACAUUAGGUUCAAAUAUCUUUGUUGUCGACGCAUGCGCUCUGUGUUUCCUUUCCAAAAAAUCAACGUAAAUUUACCCGUUUUCAUCGAAUUUUCGCGGAAAAUCAAAAUGAGUGCUAUUUGUGACGUCAUGAAUAGAACGCAAAAACAUCAAUUUUUAACAAAAAAAAACGUUUUUCCAAUCUAGUCAUUAUAUUACCUAUGAUUCCUUGUGACAUUGGUCAAUAAAUCCUAAUUUCAAAUUUCAGCUAGAAUUAGUGGCCAUUUUAGGGCCUUCUCGAACCUACUCCUUUACAACAACUGACCUUCUUUUUUAAUUAAAAAGUGCGGUCUUCUCCGACAGAUUGUUUCUUCACUGUAUUAAUAAAUAGUUGAUAACA